GCCUGCGCAGUGAGCGCCUGCCGCCACCCGGAAGUGCCCGUGUCUCCCAGGCUGCUCCGCGCCUUCCUUUCCGGCCCGCGCCCGGGCAGGCGUUGCUGAAAUGGCUCCUGCGAAGAAAGGUGGCGAGAAGAAGAAGGGACGGUCUGCCAUCAACGAGGUGGUAACCAGGGAGUACACCAUCAACAUUCACAAGCGGAUCCAUGGAGUGGGUUUCAAGAAGCGAGCGCCGCGUGCUCUCAAGGAAAUCCGCAAAUUUGCAAUGAAAGAAAUGGGUACUCCUGACGUUCGCAUCGACACCAGGUUGAAUAAGGCAGUCUGGGCUAAAGGAAUAAGAAACGUUCCUUACCGCAUCCGUGUGCGUUUGUCCAGAAAACGCAACGAGGAUGAAGAUUCCCCAAACAAGCUGUACACACUGGUUACCUACGUACCAGUCACAACAUUCAAAGGCCUACAGACAGUCAACGUGGAUGAAAAUUAAACUCAUUUUAGUUACAAUAAAAUGAUAAAAAGAAAGUUUAA